AUGAGGGCUCUGCUGCUUUUAGGGUCUCUGCUGGUGAGCCUGGAGCCAGCACUUUCGUCUCCACAUCAGAAAGUCCCCAAGGAAUACAAGCACACAGUGGAUGAGCACACAGUGGUUCUCACAGUCACUGGAGAGCUCUGCCACUUCCCUUUCCAGUUCCACCGGCAACUGCAUCACAAAUGCACUCACAGGGGCCGACCUGGCCCACAACCUUGGUGUGCUACUACCCCCAACUUCCAGCAGGACCAGCGGUGGGCAUACUGCCUGGAGCCCAAGAAAGUGAAAGAUCUCUGCAGCAAACACAGUCCCUGCCAGAGGGGAGGAACCUGUGUGAACCUGCCCAAUGGACCACAUUGCCUAUGUCCAGAGCAUCUCACUGGGAAGCACUGUCAGAGAGAGAAGUGCUUUGAGCCUCAGCUUCAGCGUUUCUUCGAUGAGAAUGAGAAGUGGCAUAGGCUUGGGCCUGCAGGCGUGCACAAGUGCCAGUGCAAGGGUCCCCAUGCUCACUGCAAGCCUCUGGCCAUCCAGGCCUGUCGCACAAAUCGGUGCCUUAAUGGGGGCAGCUGCCUGGAAGCGGAGGGCCGUGCCCUGUGUCUUUGUCCCACCGGCUACUCGGGUCCCAUCUGUGAUGUAGACACGGAGGCGAACUGCUACAACGGCCGCGGGCUCAGCUAUCGCGGCACCGCCCAGACUACGCUCUCGGGAGCGUCCUGCCAGCCAUGGUCUUCGGAGGCCACCUUCUGGAACGUGUCUGCAGAGCAAGAGCUGAACUGGGGACUGGGCCGCCACGCUUUCUGCCGGAACCCAGACAAUGAUACUCGCCCUUGGUGCUUCGCGUUGAGUGGCGACAGGCUGACCUGGGAGUACUGUAAUCUGACACAGUGCCAGGACCCAGAUCAGACUUCGCCUUCGGUUUCUCCUUCGACCCGACUCUUCCUGGAGCUCCAGCACCUGCCUUUGCCUCAGCCUUCGGUCCUGCAGGACCCUCAGCCCACGACCCUGAGCCUGCCUCAGUCACCGACCCCAACCUCGCGCGAAGCACCCAAGCAGCAGACUCCACUGCUCACGGUGGGUGCCGUGGGCUGCGGGCAGCGACUCAGGAAGGGGUUGUCCUCUCGAAGACGCAUCGUCGGGGGACUGGUGGCGCUGCCCGGCUCGCACCCCUACAUCGCCGCGCUAUACUGGGACAACAAUUUCUGCGCCGGCAGCCUCAUCGCCUCCUGCUGGGUGCUGACCGCGGCUCACUGCCUGCAGAACCGGCCGGACCCCGAGGAACUGACUGUAGUGCUGGGCCAGGACCGCCAUAACCAGAGCUGCGAGCAGUGCCAGACGCUGGCCGUGCGCUCCUACCGCCUGCACGAGGCCUUCUUGCCUACCAACUAUCAACACGACCUGGCCCUGCUACGACUGCGGGAGAGCGCAGAUGGCAGCUGCGCGCUCCUGUCGCCUUACGUCCAGCCCGUGUGCCUGCCGAGUGGGGCCGCCCGAUCCACCGAGCCCGAGGCUGCGCUCUGCGAGGUGGCCGGCUGGGGCCACCAGUUCGAGGGGUCGGAGGAAUAUUCCAGUUUCCUGCAGGAGGCGCGGGUGCCACUUAUUCCCCGCGAGCGCUGCUCCGCCCCCGACGUGCACGGAGCCGCCCUCAUCCCGGGAAUGCUCUGUGCGGGCUUCCUCGAAGGGGGCACAGACGCUUGCCAGGGUGACUCUGGAGGCCCGCUGGUGUGUGAGGAUGAGGCCAAGGGGCACCGAGUCAUCCUGCGGGGUGUCGUCAGCUGGGGCUCUGGCUGCGGCGACCGCUACAAGCCCGGCGUUUACACCGAUGUGACUAACUACCUGGCCUGGAUCCAGGAACACACUGCUUCCUGA